CGCAGCGGGGGACGGACAGAAAGAAAGACAGAUCUCUUCCCUCAAAGGAAAAGGAGAGUGCAUUCGGACUAUAAGGUAUAACUAUAGCUUCUCUCACUUUCCCUCAAACCGCAGAGCACGGCCUUAAUUUUAAAAACAGUGCUCCAUCCGUGGUACCAAGCCAGGAAGAUGCCCAAACCGACGACAUGUCCCUUCCCAGGCUCCCCUCUGUGGCUGGCAUCCGUUGCUUUGAUGGUGCAGUCGGUGAUCUCCACUUCGUCGACCUACCGGAAACCUGCACCGGGCGGCGGGGGGAAGAGAACAGGGUUAAUGGAGAGGACGCUGAUUCUGCUGGAUGUCAACACCCGCAGUCCAGUACAAGUUCUAAACGACAACUUCCUCUCUUUACAGUUGGAUCCGUCCAUUAUAAAGGACGGGUGGCUGGACUUCCUGAGUUCCAAGCGUUUAGUAACCCUAGCCCGAGGACUGUCCCCGGCCUAUCUGAGGUUCGGAGGAAAGAGAACAGACUUCCUCCACUUCCACAACCUGAAGAACCUUGCCAAGUUCAGAGGCCCCGGCCCAGAUUACUACCUAAAGAACUACGAAGAUGACAUAGUACGUAGUGACAUCGCCCUGGACAAACAGAGGGGCUGUAAGCUGGCCAACCACCCUGUAAUGAUGCUGGAACUGCAGAGAGAGAAGGCAGCUCAGAUGCAGCUCGUCCUCCUCAAGGAACAGGUCUCCAACAUCUACAGUAACAUCACAAUAACAGCCAGGUCUUUAGACAAACUGUACAACUUUGCAGAGUGUGCUGGUCUGCAUCUGGUCCUGGGGUUCAACGCCCUGCAGAGAAACCCUGACUCCUCCUGGAACUCCUCCUCAGCCUUCAGCUUACUCAAAUACAGCGCCGGGAAGAAAUACAACAUCUCCUGGGAACUGGGAAACGAGCCUAAUGGCUACCAAAGCAUGGUGGGUCAGACCGUUAACAGUACCCAGCUAGCCAAGGACUACACCAUGCUGAGAACAUUACUGCAAUCUGUACGCUACUACAGCCGAGCACAACUCUACGGCCCUAACGCUGGACCACCACGCAGGAACGCCAUUCUGCUGCUCGACGGGUUUAUGAAGAACGCUGGUUCUGUUGUGGACGCUGUAACGUGGCAACAUUACUACAUGGAUAGCAGAGUGACCAAAGUAGAGGACUUUCUGAAGACUCGCCUGCUCGACACCCUGACCGAACAGAUCACUAAAGUACUCAAGGUAGUGAAUAGCCAUGCUCCUGGUAAGAAGGUGUGGUUGGGUGGAGUGGGUCCGGCGUGGGCUGGAGGAACCAACAACCUCUCUGAUACCUACGCUGCUGGCUUUCUGUGGCUGAACACUCUGGGUGUCGCAGCGAUGCAUGGGAUUGACGUGGUCCUGAGACACUCGUUCUUCGACUAUGGAUACACACACCUCGUGGACCAGCACUUCAACCCACUGCCGGACUAUUGGUUCUCACUGGUGUUCAAGCGUCUGGUGGGCCCCAGGGUGUUGGCGGUGCGGGUAGCAGGCUUACAGAGGAAACCACAGCCAGGGAGGGUCAUCCGAGACAAACUACGCAUUUACGCCCAUUGUACCAGCUUCCACAAUCAUAACUAUGUGAAAGGGUCCAUAACGAUCUAUAUCAUCAACCUGCAUCGGUCCAGGAAGAAAAUCAAGCUGGCGGGAACCUUACGUAACAAGACUGUCCAUCAGUACCUGCUGCAGCCCUAUGGGACAGACGGACUACACGCCAGGUCAGUCCAGUUGAACGGAGAAAAGUUGUUGAUGGUGGACAACGAGACGUUCCCGGAAUUGAAGCCUCAGACGCUGCGGGCAGGGAGGACGAUAGCCAUGCCCCCUAUGACCAUCGGCUUCUAUGUCAUCAAGAACAUCAACGCUUAUGCCUGCCGCAGAUAAUCCUCAGCAUACUCCUCCUCACCCUUUACCUCUUACCCUUCACCUCCACACUCCUUACCCCUCACCCUCACCCUUCACCUCCACACUCCUCACCACUCACCCUUCAGCCCUCACCUCCACACUCCUUACCCCUCACCCUCACCCUUCACCCCCACACUCUUCACCACUCACCCUUCAGCCCUCACCCCAACUCCUUACCACUCACCCCUCACCCCCACACUCCUUACCCCUCACCCUCACCCUUCACCCCCACACUCCUCACCACUCACCCUUCAGCCCUCACCCCAACUCCUUACCACUCACCCCUCACCCCCACACUCCUUACCCCUCACCCUCACCCUUCACCUCCACACUCCUUACCCCUCACCCUCACCCUUCACCUCCACACUCCUUACCCCUCACCCUUCACCCCCACACUCCUCACCACUCACCCUUCAGCCCUCACCCCAACUCCUUACCACUCACCCCUCACCCCCACACUCCUCAGCCCUCACCCCAACUCCUCACCCUUCACCCCUCACCCCCACACUCCUCACCCUCACCCUUCAGCCCUCACCCUCACCCCAACUCCUUACCCCUCACCCUUCACCCCCAUACUCCUCACCACUCACACUUCAGCCCUCACCCCAACCCCUUACCACUCACCCCUCACCCCUCACCCCCACAUUCCCCACCCUCACCCUUCAGCCCUCACCCCAACUCCU